CUCACUGGCUGAGCUAUAACAGCUACAGGAAGGACAGGCAAGAGAACGGUCUCCCCAGAAGAGUCUAUACGUCCCCCCACUACUGAGAGACCAGCAACAUACGAUACCCCAUGAGCCUGCUCUGGACUUGAACAAGAGGAGUCACCCCUCGAUAGUGAGUUUUGGAGACCCCCCAUCUCUGCUGGUUUGGAGCGUGAGGGUCCACUCCUUCUACCCCUGGAGAUGCUCCAAAGGUUCUCCCUCUCCUCAGUGAAACCGUGUGGCAUCCGUUCCCGAGGGAGGGCCGGCCAUCCCAGGCACAGAUACAUAGACGUUGACAGAAGAUAAAAGAUCCGAAAAUUCUGUAGUUUCUCAGAGAGAAAGGUUCUCCCCCAACCCCCAGCUUUCACCGUCCCAUCUGCUUUCUCUUAAGCCAGCAACACCUUGAGAAUUUCUUUCACUUGCUGGUGGUGGUGGGGUCACUCAUGGCUUUUCUGACCAAGAAGAAGAAAUUUAAAUUCCAGACCAGCUUUAACCUGGAGGAGCUGACGGCCGUCCCGUUCGUGAACGGGGUCCUGUUCUGCAAAGUCAGGCUGUUGGAUGGAGGAGACUUUGUCAGCCAGUCCAGUAGGGAGGAGGUCCAGGAAAACUGUGUGCGCUGGAAGAAGAAGUUCAACUUUGUGUGCAAGAUGAGUGCUAACUCUGCAACGGGAGUGCUGGACCCCUGCGUCUGCAGAGUCUCCGUGCGGAAGGAACUGAAGGGAGGAAAAACAUAUUCAAAGCUGGGCUUUGCUGAUCUCAAUCUGGCCGAGUUUGCUGGUUCUGGCUCCGCUGCCCGCUGCUGCCUGCUGGAAGGUUAUGAUACCAGGAACACAAGGCAGGACAACUCCAUUCUAAAGGUCAACAUUGGGAUGUCGCUUCUUUCUGGAGACCCAUGCUUCAAGACACCUCUAUCUACAGUGAAAACAGUGUCUCCCCCGGGACAAGACUCCUCGUUACAGAUGACAUGUAAAGGAGAAGGGACAGUAAGGUCAGCGGGUGGCACCGUGAGGCAGAACAGAAGCCGGCAGGCUAUGCUGAGCUCAGGGGUUUUUGACGAAACAGAGCAAAACCUAUCAAGUCCAGAGGAAACGCCCCAUUCAGGGCAUUCCCGCAACUCUAGCCAGGCCAGCCAGCAAUCCAAAAUAUCUGGUCACAGCUCCGAACAUUCCCGCUGCUCCAGCAUGUCAGACCUGACUCACAGACGGAACACGUCUACCAGCAGCAGCGUCUCUGGGGGUCUCAGCCUCACAGCAGAGGGGACUGAACCUGAGCGAGAUGUUAAGCCGGAAAAGCCUCCACGGCCUAUUCGGCCUCCCCUUCACCCAGACAGACACUCCAGGAGGAAGAAAGACUCUGUAGAGAGUCAGCCCACGUGGGUAGACGACACCAGGAUUGAUGCUGAUGACAUUGUGGAGAAGAUCAUGCAGAGUCAAGACUUCUCAGACGUCAGCAACAACGAAGAUAGUCACCUGAGACUGUUCGUCAGCAGAGAUGGGUCAACCACACUGAGCGGGAUCCAGCUUGCUAACAGGAUCUCUGCUGGAGUGUUCGAGCCUGUGAUGAUUGAAAUCCGCUAAAUGGAAGAGAGACAAGGGAACCGUCCGCACUCCCAGGCUCCUUUCUAGUAGCAGAAUGCAAAGCUGGGAUCCUUCACACAAGAGGAGAGACAGGACUUUGCAUAUUUUCUAAGGCUUGACAGUUCCAGUCAGCCACUGUGGUUCCUCCCCUUAUCUUGGCCUCUGUCCCAGUAGCUGUGCACAACUCCCUGAGUGUUUUCUUUUAUCCAUUUUCUGAUAGAGUUCCUGUCUGCUUCUAAUCACUGUGAGUUUAACCAGGCAUCUGGAGAAAGAGGCUACAAAGCCAGAUGCUCAGCAUUCCAUGCUCCGGUGCCUCACAUUGCAGCAGCCUCUGUUUUACUUGCCCAGCAGAAGACUAAGCACUAUUCCAGUGGCAUGUGAGCCACAAUAAAACUGUGGACUCUCUGACUGUCCCUUUAAUAUUUUCAUGGCCAAUAGCGCAGCUGUGCUGCACAAGUUUGGUCUUGAAGAUGUUAAAGGGACCUUUUACUCCCUAUGGUGUUGCAGUCCUGGAAUCACUGGAACAUCGACCUGCUAAUAUAUAGCAGUCUGUAUAUAGCAGAAUAUAAUCAGUCUGUUUCACAACUGUACUGCACAGGGCAGCAUUAAGGGAGUGGUUUAAAGGAACAGUUAAAAACUGGGUAAAUAGCUGUGCAAAAUAAAAAAUGUUUCUAAUAUAGUUAGGCAAAAAUGUAAUGUAUAAAGGCUGGAGUGACUGGAUGUCUAACAGAACAGAAGACUACUUCCUGCUUUUCAGCUCUCUAACUCUGAGUUAGUCAAUAACUAUAAGGGGGGCCACAUGGGACAUUAUUGUUCAGUGAAUUUGCAGUUGAUCCCCAGCAUUCAGCUCAGAUUCAAAAGCAACAGUUAUGACCCAUGUGGCCCCGCUCAAGUCACUGGUUGAUUAGUGCCUGGUAACCAAUCAGUGAAAACCAAGAGAUUUGCAAAGCAGGAAGUAGUGUUCUGGCUAUUAUGUUAGACAUUCAGUCUUUCCAGCCUUUAUACAUUACAUUUUUGGCUAACUAACUAUAUUAGAACAUUUUUAAUUUUGCAUGGGCUCUUUGUUAUCCAGCUUUUUUUUAUACUGAACAAGAACCACCUCCUAUUCCUAAAUUUGCCACUUCACAAGGAAACUGUUCAGAGAGAUCCAAAUGAGUCCCUGCUUCCCCUUUACUAAACGGUACCGCUGCUUUCUUCUUUCCGGUCAGGCCACAUGACUUUGUCCUGAGUUCUUGAUCCCCCUUCCCCCUCAAAAAAAAAAAAGGAAGAAAGUGUCAGUACAGACAGCAAAGAUCCUUAAAAAUAGGUCACAUAACACAGCUGGACUGUUAAAGAUUUCCCCUCGGGCAGGGGUACAUGAUGCAGCUGGUCUGCGGGCACCCUCAGGUAGGGGCCACGUAAAGCAGCGGGUCUGCAUUUAACCCUUAAGGCCUCCUCGGGUAGGAGAGAUGAAACACAGCUGAGCUGUGAGUAUCCUUAAAGGAAGAAAACCUAUUAAACGGAAAGACUAUUGGAGGGGAAAGCUACUGCUGGUUAGUGAAUCCCCUACUUCAGAUACAGGCCCUACAGAAUUCUCCGGUUAGAUAUGGAAGGCCCAGCUAUUCUGUACUGCUACUUUCUCCUACACAUUCCAGUGCAUGAAAGGCCUAUGAGAAAGCCACCAGUAGGGGUUGGCUGUGCAGGACACAGCAGCUGCCUUUCAGGACUCCGUCAUAACCUGACCAUUCCCCUCUUUUAACUCGGUGAGGGCUGCACAGCUUUUCCAAAAACCAGCAGGCUGGUGUUAUCAUUUCACUUGUGUGUCUUACCUACAUUUUCAAUGUGAACCUCCUUUUCCUUGACUUGGGUUUAAGCCAUCUGGGCUUGUUGUUUUUUUUUUCUUCUGUAGUUGCUUUUGUUGUUAUUGGGUGAAACUGGGAGCCUAGGAAAUCUCCCCCAUUCAUUGCAGUGGCCCAAGGUGAGUGUGUGUGAUAUACCCUAGAAGAGUCUAUUGUCCACCACCACUUCCCCUUGAUUUUAGAGACACAGCAAUUUGCCUUUUUGGUUUAGAGAUGAAAAUGGAAACCGUCCCACAUUAACUUUGAAACCACUCUUAAUGUUCUGGGCACUUUAAUGAUUGUUGGACAUGGUGCAGGGAUUUCUAAUUAAAUGUCGUUCUUGUUCAGAAGCAGAUUUGAGACGACAGAAAAGGUCUGUAAGGAUUUUAUUUUGCUUUGAAUCUUUUUUGGGUUUUUUCUCCCUCUACUGCAAUAAUGGCUUUAAUGGAAUUCUGGUGAUGCACAGCACUUAUGGAGUUCACUAACCUCACUGCUAUCCCUACUGUGCUCCUCUGGAAGUGUUAAUGCUCAGGGUAUGUUCAUGAUGACGAUGUGCAGAAAUAAUGAGUCUGUUUUUAUUGGGGCGUGACAGUCUUGUAUUGACUGUACAGUCACAUGGAGGUAAUUCUGCCUGACGUGAGACAGUUACAAGCAGUACAAUGAGUGUUAAAGACAAAGUCUGGCCAUACCCAUGACCCCGUUCUUCCAGAAACUAAUCUGCACAUUGUCAAAAGUAGGGCAAAAGGGUUUGUUACGAAGCUAAAAAAAAAAAAAACAUAUUUUUUCCAUCACGUUUGCACAACCCCCUCAGGAGUCUUUACAGAUAGAGGUCAGAGCAACCCUCUUCGACCUACUAAAGCACACAACACGGCUUCUGAGCUAUUCUGGUUUAACAGAUUCUAUCGCUGCUCACAGGUAUCUGCAGGCAGAUCUGAACCAUGGCAUCCACCAAGCAAUCUAAAUAUUUGAGGCCACAGGUAGACUUUGCCACUCUAGAACUAGAAUUUUACUUGGGCUCCGUGUUGAACUGGGACACUCUUAGGAGAUAGAGACAGUGCCGAAUGGUAUAGAGGUUAUAUUGGCUUAAAGGGAUACUGUCAUGGGGAAAAAAAGUUUUUUUUUAAAAACGCAUCAGUUAAUAGUGCUGCUCCAGUAGAAUUCUGCACUGAAAUCCAUUUCUCAAAAGAGCAAACAGAUUUUGAAAUCUGACAUGAGGCUAGACAUAUUUUCAGCUUCCCAGCUGCCCCCAGUCAUGUGACUUUGAUGCUCUGAUAAACUUCAGUUACUCUUUACUGCAAGUUGGAGAAAUAUCAACCCCCCUCCCUUUUGCCCCCAGCAGCCCAUCAGCAGAACAAUGGGAAGGUAACCGGAUAGCAGCUCCCUAACACAAGAUAACAGCUGCCUGGUCGAUCUAAAAAUAGCAUUCAAUAGUAAAAUCCAGGUCCCACUGUGACACAUUCAGUUACAUUGAGUAAGAGAAACAACAGCCUGCCAGAAAGCAGUUCCAUCCUAAAGUGCUGGCUCUUUCUGAAAGCACAUGACCAGGCAAAACGACCUGAGAUGCACCUACACACCAAUAUUACAAAUAAAAAAUACACUUGCUGGUUCAGGAAUUAAAUUUUAUAUGGUAGAGUGAAUUAUUUGCAGUGUACUUUAGGAAUAAAAACUACAUCAUAAAACUCAUGACAGAAUCCCUUUAAGGGCCAGAUUUGUGGCCUUGCUACAAAUCCGGGCCUGAUUGGCUUACAGUGGAAAUAAGAAAAGGCUAAUGGGAAUUAUCUUGGACUGGGUACCCAGGAAGGUCAGUCCAACCCUGCCUUUGUUAAAUUGUAAUUAAAAAGGUUCCAAAAUGUAUUGAACAUUCCUCUAAGUUUAUACUGUCUUAUAAUUAACGUCUUAUUGGUCACGAGAAGUGUAAACAUGAGGUUCUACUGUCGUUAAUUGAUGGGUGAUUAACUAAGGUUAUCCAGGUAAACAUGCAAACUGGUGAAACAUUUUAAGAAGAAUGCCGCAUAGACGGGCAGACUUCUGUAUCCCAGAUAUUGCAGAACUACAACUCCCAGAAUUCCUCCAUCAGAUGGUCUGGUGAAAGAAUCAACCCCCAGUUGCCAGGCAGCCUGUAAAUUUCAGCUAAUAUUUAGAUUGCUUGGUUGUUCAGUUCAUUCAUGCCGCAGGCACCCUGCAAAAUUUGAAGUCAAAAUAGCAUUAUUUUUUUAAUACGUUUAUUUUCUUUUGAAAUGUGAGGCGGAGCGAGAAGCAAAAUUCAGAUGAAAAUAAAUUUGUACUCAGAUGAUAAAGUAUUUACAGAGAGCUAUAUAGAGUAAAAUAAAGCUAUUUUUGCAAAUGGUCCAAAGGCGCACAUAAUAGGAGAACCUACUGGGAAUGUGAAGAGAAUCAAAUGUAUAGGUUUUGUUUUCCCAUGACGUAAAUGUAAUUCAGCCUCUAUUUUUGCGUGGAGCUAAGAAGCUCGGCUCUGCCUUUACCUGUUCCGAUUGUCAGGUCGUGAUUUUCUCUGAUUCCGUCUGUACCACUGUAAUCGGAAAUCAGUAGCAUUUGGGGAGCGGUUUGGGCAAAAUAAAAAUGUCCUAUUGUUAAUGC